AUGACGCUACAAAGAAUCAGUAAAGAUUAUCUCAAGCCAAACUAUGGGCUAAUCUUACUUAUAGUGUCUUAUUUUUUCAACUCUUCCAUGGUUGUUUCUACCAAAGUCUUGGAGAAUGAUCCACUAGAGGCCUCGCAGUCGCGAAUCAACCCUUUGCAAAUUUUGCUAGUGAGGAUGUCCAUUACUUACUGCUGUACCCUCGUGUAUAUGCACUGGAAUAAACAAAGUGUUCCGGAUAUUCCGUGGGGUCCACCCUCAUGUAGGAAAUGGUUGAUACUCAGAGGUAUAAUGGGGUUUUUUGGUGUUUUUGGAAUGUACUUCUCCCUGAUGUAUCUGAGCAUUAGUGACGCUGUUUUGAUCACGUUUAUGUCACCAACGUUGACCAUUUUCCUGUCAUUUUUAUUGCUGGGCGAGCCAUUUAGUAAACUCGAAGCCUUGGGAUCUCUAAUUUCGUUUUCAGGGGUGGUGUUGAUCAUUCGACCCACAUUUCUAUUUGGCCAACAGAAUCAAGCACAGGAAACUUCAGAAAAUAAUAUUGUCGAAACUCAAAAUCCGACGUUAAGGCUCAUUGCGAUCGGAGUAAGUUUAUUGGGAGUAUGUGGAUUGAGCAGUGUUUACAUCAUUAUAAGAUAUAUCGGUAACAAGGCACACGCCAUUAUGAGUGUAAGCUAUUUUGCGUUGGUGACCACCGUUGUAGCUGGUCUUGGUGUGAUUUUAAUUCCCUCGAUGACUUUGCAGCUGCCACAUUCAUGGAAACAGUGGGGACUGUUCCUAAAUCUAGGUGUGUCCGGUUUUAUUCAUCAAAUCUUAUUAACAAUGGGGAUCCAAAGGGAACGGGCAGGCAGAGGCUCAUUAAUGACUUACACUCAGGUUAUUUAUGCUGUUUUUUGGGAUGUGGUACUAUUUCAUCAUUGGCCAAACAUAUGGACGUGGUGUGGUAUGGCAGUCAUCGUUAGUUCUACCAUAUGGGUUAUUAACAUGAGAGCUUCGAAACAAAACGUUGUAGCUACAAGUGAACUACUUUCUACGUCCGAUUUCGAAUUAGACGAGUUGGAAGAUUAA